GGCGUCUGCACGCCUCAGGCCCUUGUCCUGGUCGGAAAAACCCUUCCUCAUCUCUCCAUUAUUAUUCAAGUUAUGAUCGUACCCAGUCUCGUUCACGUUGGUUUCAGGGCUGUUCGGAUCCAGUGCACGCAAGCCCUUUGACAUUCGCCUAUUCGAUGGCUUGACGGGGCACUCUGUCGCAGAUGAUACUAAUAUCUCCGUCACCCGCCCUCCACCUGGUCCAAAGAUCCCUUAUCCCCCCAGUGCAUGUUCACAUCAACACCACGAACAUUCAACAACAUCCAAGUCACAUCGCACUCCUUCACUUCUACUACGUUGAUGAGUGUCCCUGAGAAGACAACCUAAACACACGAGAUCUUCCUUCUCGCUGGUCAGCACAUCAUCACAGCGUUGCUGACCGAUCUCUGCGAGUGAUUUGUCACGAGUCCCGGCAACCAGGACCCUGAGCCUCGCCUGGCCUCGCCUACUGUUCAAGCCACUAUAAACCCCCCUCCUGCUUCUUCCCGUCACAAUCACCAUGACGGACGACGCCUAUCCUCAACCUCCCCCAGUCUCACGGGACGGUCAAAUGGGCUCCAUGGCCGCUGCUCUCAGAAUGAAAUUGGAAAACCUUCCCCAACUCAAUAUUCACAAUCUCAACCUCCACCGCAGCCAAAGUAACCGACGAUUCCAUGAAAUCAACUCUGCCUCCUCAUCUCGAUCCGCACACUCCUUUAGUGACCAGCAAUCGGACGACACCGAUGCCACAGACCUCACAUUGACGCCGAAUCGGUCGCGCGCUAGUACUUUUGACAACGCAGAAAGAAUCACAUCGCCUCUCGUGCAGUCUCGAUGCAAGCCUCCGCUCAGGGUGGUAUUGGGCACGGCUUCGAUGGGUUCGGAGGCAUCGCCUCUAGCCAAAGUCAACACGGUGGAAGACGCCCAGAAAUUCGUCAACCUCUUCCGCUCUAGAGGCUAUGCCGAUAUUGACACUGCUCGAGCCUAUCCUGUAGGGAAAGGCGGCACAUGUGAGGAGCUUUUGGGUAGAGAAGACCUCCGACUGUCCAAGUGGGCCAACGUGUCGACCAAGGUGGCCAGUUUCAUGCCUGGUUCUCACCGGGCCAGCAGGAUUGCCAUGAGCAUUGACCGAUCCCUUGAUGCCCUCAACAUGGAAAGCGUCGACAUCAUGUACCUCCAUGCCCCAGACAGAUUCACUCCCUUCAAGGAGACCUGCGAGGCCAUGAACAAGGCGUAUCAACAGGGCAAGUUCGAACGCUUCGGCCUCUCCAACUACUCGGUCGAGGAAGUCGAGGAGAUUGUCCGCAUCUGCGAAGAAAACGGCUAUGUCAAGCCCUCGGUGUACCAGGGCCAGUACAAUCCUAUCUGCCGAGGUGGUGAAGAACGACUCUUCUCGGUCUUGCGAGAACACAAUAUUGCUUUCUACGCGUACAGCCCUUCGGCUUGUGGCUUCUUCUCCAACAAGGUGUCGCGUGCAUCUACCAAGGACAAGAACAGCCGGUGGAACAUUGCCUCCCCAUUGGGGGCCAAGUAUGCCGGCGACUACUUCCACGACCCGCUGUUUGCGGCCGCCGAGAUUGUCCGUCAACAAGCCCUCAAACAUGGCAUCUCUGGUCACGCAGCUGCUCUACGCUGGACCACCUGGCACUCUCAACUUGGUGCCGAAUACGGUGACGCCGUCAUUGUAGGUGCAUCCAAACUUUCUCAACUCGAGGAGAACAUGCGCAUCCUCGAGGAAGGGCCUCUUCCGGAAGAUCUUGUGGACACCUUGAAUGGGGUCUGGGAAGACGUCAAAUCCCUGGAUAAAGGACCUCGUUUCUCCUUUGUCUAAAUGUAUUACGAUGUGGGUGGGCACAAAUGAGAAGAAACGAUGGCCUAGGGUUUCGGGACAUGUAUUCUUUUCGUGGCGUUUACGGUGGCUUCAACGCUGCAAUGAAGAACAUCAAGGGCGCCAGAUAUGUGGGGCAUGAAACUUCUUUUUUCGCUUCGAUCCCUCAAGUGCUGAGCUGGAUCUGUUUUGUGGCUUACAUUGACGUUCGCUGAGAACGUGUUGGUAUGGAUUAUGCUUUUCUUUUGUGGCACUAAGUCAUGUCAUGUAUAACGAUACCCAUUCAACUUGCGGCUGUAUGUUACUGGUGGGGGGAUACCAAAACAGCAUGGACUAAAGCAUGGACACGUCUCUGGAAGACGCAGGAAUGAAUCAGCCUGAUGCCUCACGAAACCCUAGGGGGUUGAGGGAUAGGGAUUGAUUGUACGAGCAUCACUGGCAUAUCAUACACCAUCAGCGCUGGUCAGGUCAGCACCCGAUUUGGAGGUGCCUGCAGUGCAGUGUGCUGCUCUUUUCCCAAUAUACAAUUGGACCAAUGCCAUGCGUCAAGUUCUUCGGCCUCGUGAAUGUUCUCAUCUUACUUCUCGUGUUCUACAGAUUCUCGACUUCGUGCAACUCGCAGCUAUUGGACUGGCCCAAGUGCUUACGCGCUCUGACCUCAGGUCACUCCGUCCACCUGUGGAUGAUUUGUUGCCAAUCGCAGCCACCGGGUUGAACAAGCCAGAUCCCUUGCUAUAGUCGAUCGAGCGUCGUCCAAGCGCCUGGUGUCCCUGCGCUGCCCUGCCUUUCCACUCGUCCUCGUGUACUCAAGCAUCCAGCCGGGCACAGAACCCCACAGGUACGACCUUCGUUGCAUGGAGUUGUAGGUCGUGGAGGCUGACUCGCAGUUUCGUUGCUAAUACAUCUGAGUAACGGCACCCUCAAGACACCCCUUAUGCGAGCUCGAUGCAACGUUCUGCCGCACUGCACUAAUACGGGCACACCACAAACGGUCGUAGUGUACUCAACAAGGCCUUUUCCUACUGGGCCAACCGCGACCGCAGGCUAGAAAAACCGCGGAAUGCGCCAGCACCGAGCCCAUAGCCGAGCGUAAGUAGUGGAGGGGGCUAGGAAAAAACCAACGAUACCAGCGGAUGGCUGAACGCUCAACCUGAGAGCCAGAGAGAGCAGCCAGACCCAGAGCUGAAAAGCAGCCCACAGAAGCGGAAUUCUCAAGCACGGGCAGACCACAAUACGAACGCACCCCAGUGAAUGAACAUGAUGAGCAAUACUGCCAGCACAAAAACACCCCUGCCAUGCAGUGGGAUCAAACCGCCAAACCAUGAACAUGUGUUGAGCGAAUUUUGUCUGGUACCAAAUCAAAACCAUGGUCCCGGGUCCAAAUGCCGCGCCACCUGCAAGCCAGGAGGAGACUCGAUCCUUGCGAAACCGGCACCACCAUCUGUUUUAAAGCGGGGGAUCUCUUGAUUCCGCAAGGACGAACCCGCCCAGGACCUCAUGACCAGGGCCUUGAGAGAACGGGUGCAAUCCAUGAAGCCUGGCGGCCCUGAGCAUUAUUACUCGUCUACUACCGAUCCGUUGUAGAGUACCUGCUAAGGGAUAGUGUGUCGCCGAGCUGCUAGUACUACUGAGUAAUCCCAGCAUUUGGCCAAACCAACGUGAGUCAAGUGUCUGGGUGCCCUCGGAUGCUUCUCCGGGAGAAAUCCGGUCCUCGUCAAGUGUGGGAAUCCUUCCUCGUCUCGAAGCACUCGGGCUGCACCAACGAAUCCUUCAGUGCCACCCUGCUGCCGUGACUUCGGUAGUGAUAACGUGACCUCUUGCUUCAUCAUGAUGAUGGAUAGCUCAAGGCUACUGGAUACCUAGGUUCCCAUCCCGAUUAACAGCACCCCGGCCUCUGGCCUAAGCGACCCCUUACCCCAGGCCCACUGGUGCUUGACCUCACUUGUAAGGCCACCCAAGAAAAUGCAAACUCCUUUGACUCGAUGUGUGACCAGAUCGCAAGAUUCGCGCAUGGGCUGAGGUGAGCAAUGAGGAGCAAGGGCAGCACUCAGUAUGAUGAUAAUGACGUGGGAAUGCAAUCCAUCUGAUGCAUCUCCUGAGCGGAAUUGACCAUUACAGGCUCAACUUUUCUCAAGAAACCCAUGUCACCAGACACUGCGCCAUCAAAUGCACCCCUGCUACAGUACUGUACAUACAGUACCAUGGAUGCGGCUAGCUGGCCAGUAUACGUUGCACGUGAAGGUUUGGUGGGCUGGCGAGUCGUGCGAGGCUCGCGUGCAGUUGACAGUACCGCUCGCUGCCACCACGCCCAUUACUAACCUAUAACAUGGCCGUUGGACAGAACAUCCCUGCCGCCUCGCUGUCGGUUAAGCGAGAGAAUUCGAGACCAGAAACGAGAUAUCGUGCGGGCAAGCACGACGGGACAAGACAACGGCACAUUGAAAGCCAUGUCUCAUGUUGGUCGCUGUCCCGCUUCCACGUUGAGAAAUCGCUCUCUGCCCAUCAAUCGCGACCCUCCUCCCUCUCUCUGCACUGUACGAUGAAUGAUCUAUACCCAAUGCGGUCCAAACGAGAGGACGAACAUGGCUGGAGUUGCCGGGAACCUGUCCAGACCAAUAUGGCGAUCCGGAUAGGCCAUGGUCUUGCCGCGCGUGGUUUGCCUCGACCACCUCUAUCGUCGAUCCUAGUCUGUGGCUGAAACCCUCGAUCGGGAUAGGAAGCCAUCUAGAGAGUACAGUAGUACAUGCGCCGAUCCGUCUUGGUUGUCCGAUCUUCACCCCGCGCGGAGCCCACGCUGUUGGUACCUACCAUGAACAUAGGUACACACCAUCGGAACAGCUGAACCUGUCAACAUCAACAGGGAAACUGGAGCGAUGGAUAGCUGCAAAAUAGACUUUCCUCUGUCACUACAUUUAUAAACAACAAAUGGAAAACUGUUCCGUUCGCCAUUUCGGUGUCUUCUGCCGCCCCUCACAUCCAGAGGCAGAUUCCAGCCCACCGAAAAAGCCAACCAAAGCUGAACAGCGGGUAAUAGCUAUCAUAAUGCUACUGACCAGGAGCCGUUGCAAGCCAAUUUACUGCAACCUUGAUCUCCUAGACCUUCUGGACGGUUAUCUCUGCAACUAUUUUUACUGUCAACCUGUAAGGGGAAAAGUUUAUUACCCGUCCAUGGCACACUGUGGCUUUUUCAAUGCACCCUGCAACGGGUUGAGUCCCUAGAGCGGUACGAGGCCUUCAACAAGGGCAUGUGCAAGGCUGCUUGCCCGGCCCUUGCAAGUUGCUACAGUACUGCUGCAUCAACUCGCUUGACAGCCCGUCCCAAGCCACCUGUGUUCCGGAAACAACGUCUAUCGUUAACCGAAGUAGUCAAUGCGAAAGCGCACGUUUCAGAUUUUCAGCACUAUCACCUACACGCGAGUUCCAACGGAUGCCCCUUGCGAUCUGUGGUCGAUCGCAGGCUAGUAUGGAUUUUCCAUUGAGGCGCGAUGCUGGAGAAGCAGCUACAAUGUACAGUACAGGAUGCGUGCCCUAGGCGGCCUGGCACGCCUCGCCUAGAGCACGUCAAAAGUGGGAACUUUCGAGAUCUAGAACCAUCGCUAAGCGAUCGCAAGAUGUUUCCUCCUCUGUAACAGCUAGCUGUUGCUUGGACCCAACAUGCCACGUGCACCACAUUCCGCCAACUUUACUACUAUUAGCGAACCUACAAAAGUCCCAAUUCUGGAUGUUUAUUCCUCGCUUGAGGCAGCUGCAGCGUUCCAAUGGAGCCGGGGGUAUUGUUUUGUUCUUGGGACGUACUACUUCCCACCACACUCUUGGGCUGGCUGGCGAUAUACGCGUACAACUCUAACCUCUUACGUGGAAUACGGGAUAUCCAGUCCCACAAUCACGGUAUGAGUUUGCUACUUUCUGGCUGAACUGGCAAUCAGUCAGUCAGCCAGCCACAGAACCAGGAAGCUUUUUUCUUCUUAUUCUGCACCUGGUACGC